AUGUCUGCCUCGAAAGGGACAUUAGAUAUUCAUUCUCCUCAGCUCACCGAUCUCGUCAAGCACAAGAAGAAGGCCGCAGACAGAGAGGUAUUCGCAGUGCAGUCUCUUGAGAAAGAUGUGCCAGUUACUCUCCAUGUUGUCGCCAAGCCGUCGCCAGCCCCUGCCAAAUCAACAAAGAAGAGUACGCCCGUGUGGGUCCUCUGGGUCAUCUGGUACAAUACUUACAGGCGCUUUUUCGCCGUCGUGUUCGUAGUCAAUUUCAUUGGAAUUGGCUUUGCGAUUGCUGGAAAAUGGCCAUACGCCGCAAGAUAUCCUGGUGCUCUGGUCCUUGGUAAUUUGAACGUUGCAAUUCUUGUGCGCAACGAGAUAUUCGGCCGUUGCUUGUAUUUGUUCGUCAACACCUUCUUCGCUAAGUGGACCCCUCUAUGGUUCCGCCUUGCGUGUACCUCCACUUUGCAGCAUCUCGGUGGUAUCCACAGCGGAUGUGCAAUCUCCGGCGUAGCUUGGAUAGUCCUCAUGGUCGUGCAUCAAUUCAAGAUGAAGUAUAUGUUUAACGACUCCAUACUUGCCUUCGGGGUGAUCACCUCGGUCAUGCUGUUUGUCACCCUCUGUGCUGGUCUUCCGUGGGUCCGUAACACGCACCACAACGUAUUCGAGCUGAAUCACCGUCUCUUCGGAUGGACUUCCUUGUGCAUGACCUGGGUAUACACCAUCGUGACCAAUGCCUAUGACACUGCAGACGGAAAGUUCGACCACGUCGGAAGAUACGUCGUCCAACAGCAAGCUUUCUGGUACACGGUCGGAAUGUCCAUCUUCAUUGUUCUGCCUUGGAUGUGCACGCGACACGUCGACGUCGACGUCGAACUUCCCUCUCCGAAAGUCGCUGUUCUGCGCUUCGAGCGUGGUAUGCAACAGGGUCUGCUUGCUCGCAUCAGUCGCUCGGCUGUCAAGGAAUAUCACGCUUUCGGUAUCAUCUCCGAGGGUACCCAUGCAAAGCAUCACUACCUGAUCUGCGGUGUGCAAGGCGAUUUCACUAAGAGACUGGUCAGCGACCCGCCGAGAAAAAUCUGGACUCGUGAGCUGAAGUUCGCUGGUGUCUCCAACACAUCGACCCUUUACAAGCGUGGAAUUCGUAUCUGCACUGGAACUGGUCUUGGUGCUGCCCUUUCUACUUGCAUUCAAUCUCCCUACUGGUACCUCAUUUGGAUCGGCUCCGAUCAAGAGAAGACAUUCGGCCCAACCAUUAGUGGUCUCAUUCACAGGUACAUCGGUCCAGAGCGUCUCCUUCUUUGGGACUCCAAAGUCCGUGGUGGUCGUCCACCCACGAUGAAGAUCUUGAAGGAGGUAUACGACCAGUGGCAGGCGGAGGUUGUCUUCAUCACGUCCAACUAUGUGGGUAACUUUGAGAUCCAACAUGGUUGCAAAGAGGCUGGGAUUCCUGCAUUCGGAACACUGUGGGACUUUUAAUUUUUGCGUCUGGAUGUAUCGGACGCCAGACCUUACUCGAAUCUUUCGUCCAAAUAGGUACACUGUCUUUUUUUUCUAAGUCGAUACACUAUUCUCAAUCGGAUAUCUUGUCUUGCUAUUUUUGCGCACCUUCUUGUUUCACACAGUAUUGAUGGACUGAAGGAGUUGCAAUCUAUCAUCGAGCUCACAAGUCGUAUUGAUAUCAUAGUCAUGUCUGAUCCAAGCACCAGUAUCUUUGCGCUGUUGAUACAUAUGUUCAUGUAUAUAGGCCAUUCUAAUGUUGAUGUUCGUAUAUUUGA